GGGCUGGCAGCCAGGUGAGCGCGCGCGCACGGGCGCUCAGAACGUGUCGCUGGCGGCUGUGUGUCCACCCGGAUCACUCUGGGUCAUGGAGCCGCGUGCGGGGGACACCACGGACCCUAGGGGGAGCAGAGGAGGCCGCCGCGCUCCCAAGCGGGCCAGCCCCAGCGCUCGGCAGCUCCUGUCGCGGCUGGACGCGCGCCCCCUGGCGGCCCGAGCUGCGGCCGACGUGGCGGCGCUGGUUCGCAGGGCGGGCGCCACAUUGCGCCUGCGCCCCAAGGAAGGGUGCGACGCAGUUCUAUGAAGUAAAGGAGCGACACUUACUUCCCACGUCCCAGUAACCGCCUCCGUCUGUCAGAUGCCGCAAUGUUUUAUGGGAAAAGUAGUUCUAGAGCUCGUCUUUCGGCCCCCAGCAAACUUAGCCGAAACUGAACUUCCCAACAAGCCUUGCACCCGCCUGGGAAGAGAGGCAAGAUGGCGGAACGCGAAGAAGGUGUUUUGCGGUCGGCUGGACACUCCACUGCCCCAGUUUCGUUCACCUUCAGUCGCACUGCCGCCCGAAAACGGCUGGCAGACCGUGGAGUCGGCAUGGGUGCGGCUCCAGAAGAGAAGGAUUUCUUGAGGACUGUGGAAGGGAGAAAAUUGCAGAGUGUGAAUCCCGCAGAAGCCCCCAAGGAACUCGUCAUCCCUUUGAUCCAGAGUGGCUCUCGAAGACAGCCACCAACCCAGGCCCCUGGCCCAUCCACAGAUGUGGAGGCCAGGGCAGAUGGGAUGCUUUCCCAGGCUGUGAAGGAGCUCAUUGAGGAAUCCAAGAAGUCUCUGGAGGAGAUAGAGAAUGCAGGUGUCGACCCCACGCUCGCUAUCCCUAUGAUCCAGAAAAGAUGUACCCCCAACGAGGAAGGGUCAGACAGCGAGCCCCAGGCUGAGACAGUGCCCAAGGAGGCCGAUUACGAGGCAGUCCCUGUGGAGGCAUAUGGGCUGGCCAUGUUGCGGGGCAUGGGCUGGAAACCUGGCCAAGGCAUCGGCCGAACCUUCAGUCAAGUAGUGAAGCCUCGUGUCAACUCACUGAGGCCUAAAGGGUUAGGGCUGGGCGCCAGCCUGACUGAGGUCCAGGCCCUGGCCUCCAGUGGCCCCCACCGCCUGCCAAAGCCAGAUGAGGAACAAGAGAAAGAUAAGGAAGACCAGUGUCAAGGACUGGUUCCUGGAGGAGCUGUGGUGGUUCUUUCUGGCCCUUACCGAGGCCUCUAUGGGAAGGUGGAAGGCCUUGACCCUGACAAUGUUAGAGCCAUGGUUCGUUUGGCUGUGGGGAGCCGCAUGGUGACUGUUAGUGAGUACUGCCUACAGCCUAUCUCCCAGAAGGAAUUUGACAAGAACUCCUUGGAUCUCAGCCAGGUGAGCAAAACUUCUCCAGGGCAAAAGAAUGGAACACCCUCAUCGUCACUAAAGGCCUUCCAGAAUCAGGACCCCCCCACCCAGCGGAGAACAGAAGAGAGGAAGCGGAAACGCCUUCCAGACCGGCAAGACAGGCCUCCAUCCAAGAGUGAGAAAGUGGCCUCCAGGAGACAACACUGGUUGCACAGGGACCUGCGUGUGCGGUUUGUGGAUAAACUGCAUAAGGGUGGGCAGUAUUACAACACCAAGAUGACAAUCGAAGAUGUCCUCAGCCCAGAUACUUGUGUAUGUCGGACAGAUGAAGGCCAGGUCCUGGAAGGUAUCAGGGAAAACAUGCUGGAGACCCUCAUCCCCAAGGUCCAGGGCAAACAGGUGAUGGUAGUGCUGGGACCACAGGCUGGAAGGGUGGGCCGUCUGCUGGGCUGGGACAGAGAGCAGAGCCAGGCUGUGGUUCAGCUGCGGAGAGAGAAUCGACUGGUAGAGCUUCACUAUGAUGCUGUCUGCGAGUACAGGGGCCCCAGUGACUCAGAUGAAGACUGAUCCAUGGACUCAUUCAGUUCCCCAGGCAGUUACCAGUUCUGUACAGUGUAAAAAACCCAUGUUUGUGAAGGUGGGGAGGCCAUUGUCCACCCUGUACUUGGAGUGCAGCCCUGGGACAGGGACAGGGCACAAAAUGGAUAGACCAGAGGGAGGCUGGAAACAAACCUAGUACUUACCAGCAGUUAGUAUAAAAUAAAAACCAUUUCAAAUA